AGUCUCUGGGCAGAUAGUGCUGUGCCGUUGGCUCGUGCCGUCGUGGUUCUGAUACUGGCAGGUCCUUGCCAUCAAGGAACUCUCGGAGACCCGACUGUCACGCGCACGAACCCGCAGGCCGAGGAGCCGGAUGUUUCCGGUGACGUGACGACGGCCGAGGAAGUGUCGCGAACGCGUGCGGUUCAGUGAUUCGAUCACAGACAUGCUUUUUCCGGACUGCAUUGAAAAUACUUUGCUAUCGUGGGCCGUGGGACCUCAAGUGACGCUAGAUUGGGGACUGUGAAGAACUUUUAGCCAAGCAUUGUUAUCAAAAGAUAAAGAUUAUCCAGCUUCAAUCAACAAUUUUUGGAAAUGGACUAAUUAUCUUCGCAAAUGUUAGUGAAUUUGACACUGUGGAUUGUUGAUCGUGAACAUAUGAUCAACAUACUGUUUUCUGAUUUGCAAUAUCAAUUGAACUUAUCUAGGAAGAUUAUUUAAAGUUCCCAAGGACGGCGUGAAUUUAGCCGACGGCUGGCGAAAUACCAUGAGUCACCUACUUGAUAAGCAGCCUGUGAAAUAAAGAUUAUAAAAUAUGUGAAGCAUAAUUACUCUGGGCGGCGGGAUUGAUUUAUAUAUCCCGAAAAUGUUCAACAACAACACGAAUAUGUAAGUCAUAAUCAUCGGAAGCAACAAUUAAUCUUGGACUAUGUUCGACUUGUAAGAUAAUCCAAGAAGACUGACAACUGAAAUGGAUUGGUGUCAUGAUCUAGAAAAUUUAAGACGGAAGAUGUAAAUAUUGGUUCAAAGCAGCAAGGCCAGAAUUCCCACAAAUGCCUUAACGAUCUCCACGGACAAAUAACUUAUGGCCAGUGAUGAUCCACGGAGUGCGUUGUUUAGUGAUCGUGCUCCAGUAAACAAAAUGGAAGAUAUAAACAUUGUGUGUUGAUCUCAGACGCCUAACGACGCCACAAAUAUCUUCCAGCACUUCCCACUCUCGACAGACCACAUGAUUCCAACAUACCGUUGAUAAGGUGACCUCUUUCUUCCCUGGUGAUUGAGUUUCGUUGAGCCCACAGAUUGAUGCAAGAGGACUGAUCGCUCUCCAAAGGAGAGACAAGCGCCGGCGAGUUGGUACCGAACAUGGUGUUGGAGCCCGGAGGCGGUCUGUCCUUUCCGCUGCCUCCUGGCAGCGGCUCCAGCGCCUCCGGAGGAUCCUUGCUGGCCCCGACCAGGUUGUUUCAAAGGACGACGCCCGUGUUUCCAUUCCAUUUGACAGGAUGGCCGCCACAUCACCCGGUUCUGGGGCAGGUGCAAAGUCAAGUCCAACAGAGUAUGCAGGCCCAGCAUCAAGCCGCUGCAGCUGCUGUUAGGUUCCUCAGUCAUCAUCACCCGCAUCAUCCGCAUCCGGCACUGAGCAAUCAUUCUCUAGUACCGUCGAUCACUGGACAUCACCCCACUGCGCAUCAUUUACAUCACGCUGCUGAUCAUGGAGAGGAGGAUGACGAAAAGAAGGGUUGCGACGGAGAGUCGGACGAGGGUGGCAACAAGAGGCGAAGGAGCAGAACCAACUUCAAUAGUUGGCAGUUGGAAGAAUUGGAGCGGGCCUUCCUGUCGAGUCAUUAUCCUGACGUCUUUAUGCGAGAAGCUCUGGCUGUGAGGCUCGAAUUAAAAGAGAGCCGCGUGGCGGUGUGGUUCCAAAACCGAAGGGCAAAAUGGCGAAAGAAGGAACACACGAAGAAGGGUCCCGGGAGGCCGGCGCAUAAUGCUCACCCACAAAGUUGCAGUGGAGAACCUAUCCCACCUGAAGAACUGAGACGGAAAGAACGCGAAAGGCGACAGAAAAAGUUGCUCAAAGCUCUCGAGAGACAGCAGCGGAAGCUAGCUGCUAAAGGCAUAACAGUGGACUUGUCGACGCUGCGUGCCGAGUGGGAGUCUCGUAGCGAGGCAGCGUCGGGGCGAGGCGGUUCCGCGAGCGGUCCCCUGAGCAACUCCUUUGGUCAAUUAGGUCUAAACAACGAGAGCAACAUUUCUGCUUCCGGCAACGAUGCUAACGAGGAGAUCGACGUGGUAGGCGGACUGGACUCCUGCAGCGAAAGCGGAAGUGAACGGGUAGAUUCCGCGGCCGACGGGUCUGUGGACGGUGAAUGUUACCCGACGGUAAACAGCAACGCCAUCGAGUCCGGCGAGAGCCGAAAGAACCCACAAAAUUCCACGAUCGAACACCUGAACCACCAACCUGGUAUUCACCAUUGGGGCUUGAGCUUACUAGAGCGACGACGCGAACUGGUGGCUGUUGGCACGGGUCGUCAGCAGGCCGGCAACGGAGGCAGAAAUCUGAUCAGGCAAGCCACCAGCGAAGAGGAAGUCCAAAGCGGUAGCAUCGACCUCUCGGUGAAGGGCAGGGAGGAGAGAAAGAGGCUGAACCCGUUUUCUAUCGAAAGUCUGCUGGGGAAUAAUCGAACUAGCGGAGCGUCGGAGCGCAGGCCAGCGACGCCGACGACGCCAACGUCGCCGAUGUCGUCGGUCUGCACGUCGCCCUCUACAACGUAGUGAACAGGCGAAGGGGGAGACGCCGAAGUGAGCCAGUUUAAAGAGACGCGGUUGGCGAUGGUGAAGUGCGAUUAGUUGGGGUUCUCCUCUUCGGGAUACCAGUGAACGGUGAAGUGAUCAUCAGAUCAACAAAGACUGAAAGGUGUGAAGCGGUUCUUUCGAUUCUCCUGGUCGGAAAAUGAAAACAAAAGAAGAACUAGCCAUAGUAAUGCUCCUAUUCCCAUUUCAAUCAGGAUCCCAAUUCUGACUGAAGACAACAGAUUCGUGGAUAUCCUUGCAUACUUGUAGACACUCUUUUACGCCCUUCGAUGGGAUGCGUCUAGAUCUUUGGUAUCCUGACGUCUUUGGAGAAUCUCUGUACGAGCUCGAGAGACUCGAGAGAGACCAAAGAAUGGGAAACACGUAGGUAGGUUGAAUUUUAGAGAGAUCCGAGAAUCCGCAAGUCGCGGAGCUAAAUCGCAACUACGUAACUCGAGAAGGCUCUUUGAGUCCAGUCGAAUUCGGGAGUCCAGAAAUCACACGUCAUCAACUUGGAUCGAGAAGGCAUAUAUCAAUUCGACAUAUCGAAUGCAUGCGUGACCGUCGUAGAUCGAGUGAGUUUGAUUUCAUCCAUUGUGUCUCCUUUCAAAGAAGAAAAUGGAAAAAUGUGCAAUAAACGCGGAUGCACUCGUCGGAUAGGCGAGUCGUCCAUUUUCGAGGUAAGAGAGAACGAGAGCGAGAGCGAGAGAGAGAGAGAGAGAGAGAGAGAGAGAGAGAGAGAGAAAGGAAAAGACAAAAGAAUGAGUGCAUAUGUAUGUAUUUAAUGUAAAUAGUGGGAAGGAGGUUCUGUUUUAUUUAAUUUGAGUAGUUGAUACCCCAGUGUUCGUCGAUCGCGGAUAUUAUUUAAAGCAAUAGAGCAGGGGUUCUCAACUCUUUACACUCGCGGGCAAUUGAAUCAGAAGAAAUUACUAGAAACUUGCACGUUGGCAUAAUUUAAACUCUCACAGGGAAGAUAAUGACAGGCUGAAUUGGGUAACAUUUUUUCCAGCAAACUGUUUGUGGUAGUGUAAUACUAAAAACAACGUCAACUAGGUCGAGCCGCAAAAGUGUGAACGCGAAAGCUUUGAGGACCUCUGCGAUAGGAUUUUGCCUGACUGUAUAUACACAUAAAAAUCCUACGCGAGCGUGAGUACGGUGCGGUACAAAAAUUUGCUCUCCCCACCCCCCGCAAGCAAGAUAGAUCUAUGAGCUUGGUUUAUGGUUAGGGGUGAUUAAGAGUUGCCAUACGAUGAUCCGGGAUAUGCGAAAACAGUACCUAUCAUAUAUCCAUUAAAAAUAUAUUAAUUUAUUCUCCAAACUA